GCUGAGGCUAAUUGACUGUUUUAUAUAGCAAUAACAAUACAAGAUCUUUGUCUGCAUUUCUAAAUAGUAAACAUAUCAAACACAAUGGCUAUCUCCACCGACCCUUCCGCGGCUGAGCUCGGAAACAAAGCCGUCAGAUCCUCCUCCGGUGGAUGGAAGUCGGCGAGGCUCAUCAUCUUUGUGGAAAUGGCCGAGCGUUUUGCCUAUUUCGGGGUAUCAUCAAACCUGAUAACGUACUUGACAGGACCAUUGGGUCAGCCAACAGCUGCAGCUGCAGCGAAUGUGAACGUUUGGAUUGGCACAAUGGCGUUUCUUCCACUUCUCUGGGCGUUUGUAGCUGACGGGUGUCUUGGUCGUUUCCGUACUAUCAUCAUCUCAUCUUCUCUCUACAUCUUGGGACUCGGGUCGCUGUCGUUUUCAGCCAUGAUUCCUUCUCACUCCGAAGAUUCGGACCAGCUCAAAGUGACUCUGUUCUUCUGUUCUCUGUUUCUUAUCGCAAUAGGACAAAGCGGUUACAAACCGUGUGCUAAGGUUUUUGGAGCUGAUCAAUUCGAUGGAAAUGAUCUAAAAGAGAGACAAGCCAAGAGUUCUUACUUUAACUGGUUGAUGUUUGGAAGCUGUGUUAGCAUAACAACCACUCGCUUGGUCUCUACCUACAUUCAAGAGUAUCUUUGUGGUGGUCGAGUCUUAGGCGAUAAGGAUCGAUUGAGAAGCUUUGAAGUACAAGGUGGGCGAAAAAGUGAUCGUGGGUGAACUAUGAGUCGAAUAAGUUGCUCGACCAUAGUUAGAAGAUGUCUUAGAUUGAUGUGAAGGACGUUUUGGAAGCACAACAUUUUUGGAAGCACGACGGUUUAGAAGCUCGACGUUCGGGAAGAAUGACGUUUCUUCAGCACGAAGUUUUCCGCGAAACUUCGUAUCAGCGGAAUAUUAUUUCGAAGACAUUGGAAGCAGGACGGGAAUUAAGCACGACGGGAAGCAAGCACGACAGGAUCAAAACACGAUGGGAAAACCCGUAGUUGGGCGAAAACCCUAAUUUCAGUAUUAUGGAAUUCUUCGAGGAAGCCGAAGGCUCGGGAAAUAUUUUUACAUGAUAUCAGAAUUCAUCUGGUGUCUAUUAAAAUAUUUAGAGCAUCAGAACGGGAGCGGAAAAAUAUUCGGGAUUGAUCGCGAGUCAGAAAUUUGCCGGAAUGGUCAAAAAUCGCGUAAACCGACCAAGAAGCUCGAGGUGUCUCUACGUAUAUGGCCAGGACGUGAUAACUACCAUCUUACCAGUUGAGUGUCUUCAGAAGCUCGAGGUGUCGCCGUGCAUGGAACAAGUACAUGCAGCCUGACAUGUAGAAGCACGAGGUGGAUCGACCAAGCACGAGGUGUCUCUGCGCAUGCAACCGAAGCAUGUUGAUCGCCAUGUGUGUGAUGCUGUGGCACCUUGCAUGAGUUCCAGUCAUGCAGCCUGACAUCUGGGAGGAGUGGUGGCGUCCUGCAUGUGUCCAGGACAUGCAACCAGCCAUGUGGAGCACAAGGUGCCGCCGCGCAUGCGUCCGGAGCCAUGCGAAGCGACACACGGGCGGCCACUAACCUGAAUCUGAUUGGCUGCUGUAUCCUAUAAAUACCCCACGACCCAGCUCAUUUCAUCACAUCCAGACCUGUCCAGACCAAGUUAGAAACGUGAGAGAGAAGUAGAAAAAGAAAGCAAGUGAUUCCAAACUAUUUCGAGAGUUUUAGAGAGCUUUAGAGAUCAGUUCUCUACUGAUUUCGAGUUAGCGCCUAGGGAAGGUUCUGUUCAACUGAAGACCAGUUCAGAUGGGAAGUCACUCCAAACGUGGGCUGAGAGAGAGAGAUAAAGAAAGUGGUCGAUCUAGAGUAUGGUCGAUUCUGAAGACCGAGACUCCACUGCGAAGGCCAGUUACGUCCAAUCGACGAUUCUCUACGAUUGUGACGCGGAAGCUCUAUCCAAAUCAGUUCGUCCAAGGCAGUCAGUAUCUUUGAUGGUCAAGCGGAAGUGCUGUCCGAAGUUAGUUCAGAUCCACGGGUUCAGAUCAGUCGAAGUUCAGCUCGAUACUCCGCCGGAAAGUCCGAAGAACUGUCCAGGAGCUAAAGGAGGUUCUGUCCAAGUCGAGUCCAGUCCAGUCCAAUCAAGGCGUCCCUUGGGUUUUGGCCAAGUCCUCUCCGAUCAACCAGCUGCUUCUCGCCUAGAACACUAUUCCUCGACAGAGCAGCCAUUUCAUGUGAAUUGGCUGAAAUUGAAGAAGCAAAAUCAGUGCUUAGGCUUGUUCCCAUAUGGAUUACUUGCCUAGUCUACGCCAUUGUGAAUGCACAGUCUCCUACUUUUUUCACAAAGCAAGGAGCCAAAAUGGACAGGUCAAUCUCACCAGGACUCUUAGUCCCUGCAGCUGCACGCCAGUGUUUCAUAAACAUAUCAGUUAUAGUCUUCAUCCCAGUCUACGACUAUCUAUUCGUCCCAAUCACAAGAUCAUUCACGCAUAUCCCAUCAGGAAUCACAAUGCUUCAAAGGAUUGGCACAGGGAUUCUCCUCUCCGUUAUUGCUAUGGUAGUAGCCGCCUUGGUCGAGACCAAAAGGCUACAAACCGCAAGGGAUGACCUCACCAUACCAAUGAGUGUCUGGUGGUUGGUUCCCCAGUACGUUCUCUAUGGAGUCGCGGACGGGUUCACAAUGGCGGGUUUACAAGAGUUCUUCUAUGAUCAAGUCCCUAGUGAGCUUAGGAGCGUUGGUAUGGCUAUGAAUCUAAGCAUAUACGGGGCUGGAAACUUCCUAAGUAGCUUCAUGAUAUCUUUCAUCGAUAGAGCCACGAGCCAGUCUGGUCAAACGAGCUGGUUCGAUAAUGACCUGAACAAAGCUCAUCUAGAUUAUUUCUACUGGCUACUGGCUUCUCUCAGCUUCAUUGGUUUAGCUUUCUACAUGUGGUUCGCCAAGUCGUAUGUCUACAACAGAUCAAACACCUAGUCAGCUGAGUUGAACUUUUUACAUUUCCGAAAUGGACUUCAGAAUCUACGAAAUAGAGAUUUUACAUUCAUCUGCAGUUUUGGAUUGGAAAAAUAUUACGAACAGUAAUUAAGACAAAUUUUGAGUUUAUUUCACAUUAUAACAAGUUAACAACUAUUCUUAGGAAAUCGAUUAAUCAUUUCAAUUUUUUUUAAAAAUUUUUAAAUUUAACAAGAAUUUUGGUCAUUUACAAAUUAGGUGUUGGAAAAAUAUGAAAGAACUGCAAAAAUCUUAGCAAUUUGCUCAAUACCAGAGCAUGACAAAUUUAAAUAUGAUGCACUUCAAACUGGCAAAUGAGACAAAGCAUUAUAUUAAUAUUUUAUUAUUAUUAAAUAUAUGGUAAUACUGUAUAUUAGUCUGUUUUGCCUUAUAAAAGCAUAUCAAAAUGAAAAACUUUAGCUACAAAAUGACUGUAUAACAUGUUCACAAGAUCAGCUCAAAACACGUAUUACUAACUUCCUAUAUUUAGAUAUCUAUAUAUACUGUAUGUACAUGUAUAUCACAUGUGACAUGUAUGUGUCAUGAUAGUAUUUCAUAAAUCUUUUGAAAUCAUAAUGUCUAACAAAUAUAUUCACUACAAGAAAAAAGGCUUUUAUUAGCGGACGAAAAACACAAUCUAAGGAUACUAUAGCGGUUUAUAAAGCGAUGUAUCAUCGCCCGUCAUAGUAGACUAAACACGAUAGGUUGGAAUUGAAGACGGUAGUGCUUGAGCUUCGUUGCCGUUUUCAUCUCUGAGAAAGCUCUCCCCACCUGUCCCAACAGUCUCGUUACUUUGUUUAAUCUGGAUAAUUG